AUGGGCUCCUCCAUCAACUAUCCAGGUUUUAUGGGCAAGACACAUACCAGUGGUAAAAUAACCCAGAGUUUGCAAAAUGCAGGUUCAAAAGUUACCGAAGGAGAGGUCAUCGGUCAUCAGAACAUCAUGACGGAAAGAGAUGAUUCAAGAAUUUUCAAGAAACAUCUAAUCGAAAAAGGCAGCUCCAAAAAGAUCGCCCCGCUGGUUACUGCGUCGGCAACGUCAAACUUAUCUCUGGCUUUGAAGAAUGGAAACGGUGGAGAUGUGGGCGGUGAAGGCCUGGGUGUGAAAGCCGAUUCUGUUGGUGCAAUCUAUGAGGAUGAGGAGAACGAUUACGAUGAUUAUUCCUCAUGUGAUGAGAAAAAUGAGGAAUCAUUGAAGGACUAUAAGCCCGGCGGAUAUCACCCUGCGUUCAAAAGUGAGAGGUACAAAGAUGGUAGAUAUGUGCUCGUAAGGAAACUGGGUUGGGGCCAUUUCUCGACUGUUUGGCUAGCUCGAGAUCUGCAAAGUUUGAAAAACAAUCACGUUGCCAUGAAAAUUGUUAGAAGCGAUAGAGUUUAUACAGAGGCGGCGCUAGACGAGAUUAAGCUGCUUAAAAGAGUACGAAGCAAUAUCGAGGAUGAUCAUUUAGGCGCCAGAUAUAUCUUGAAAUUGUUGGAUAAUUUCGUUCAUACGGGGCCUAAUGGAGAUCAUAUCGUAAUGGUUUUCGAGGUGUUGGGUGAAAACUUGCUGGCACUUAUCAAAAAAUAUGAGCACCGCGGCAUACCGAUGAUUUAUGUGAAGCAAAUUUCAAAACAGCUGCUUCUUGGUUUGGAUUACAUGCACAGGCAAUGUGGAGUUAUCCACACAGAUAUCAAGCCAGAGAACGUGCUAAUGGAAAUUGGUGAUGUUGAAGGAAUAGUACAUAUGGUGGAACUCAUGGAUAAACAAAAGAAGGAUCUAAAAAGACUGCGCAGAAAUACCUCAAUUGACUGGUCAUCCUCUUCUUCGCCCAAUCAUUCGAGUGGUAUCCAACAAGCAGCGCCAAUAUCUUCGUCAUCUUCGAGCAAUGCUCUCGAGACAACAACACCUUUGCAAAGGGUUCCAAGCAGACGAACAAGACGUCAUUCAAUCAUAACAGGUUCACAACCCUUACCAUCGCCUUUAAGUUCAACUAAUUUUCACGAGAUGAAGGCCCAAUUUUUGGGACAUAGCAAUUCUAGCAGUGUUUCAUCUUCACAGUGGCAUAGUUUUGUCCAUUCAAAGAGCAACGUGGCCAUUCCUCACCAAAAUAUAACAGUAAAUGGGGGUCGCAGCACUCAAAUCAAUGAGGAACAAUUAGCAAAUUCUCUCUCAUCAUUAGACAUAUCUCAGGGCGAAGAACCACUGCUAAAUGCAGCAGACACAUCAUCGAUAGUAACUCCGGACAGCAGUGUCAUACAGAUAAAAAUUGCUGACUUAGGUAACGCCUGCUGGUACGAUGAGCAUUAUACCAGCUCUAUUCAGACCAGGGAGUAUAGAGCGCCAGAGGUCUUGCUAGGGGCCCCCUGGGGAUGUAGUGCUGAUAUUUGGUCUGCGGCUUGUUUGAUUUUUGAGCUGAUUACAGGUGAUCUUUUGUUCGAACCAGACGAGGGCCAUUCUUACACCAAAGACGACGAUCAUAUUGCACAAAUCUUAGAGCUUUUAGGCGAAUUUCCUUCAUAUCUGCAGACGCACGGGAAAUACACGAGAUCCUUCUUCAACUCGAGAGGCCAACUGAGGAACAUUUCCAAAUUGAAACACUGGCCUUUGAAGGCCGUUCUCACCGAAAAAUACAACUUCCCUCCGGCAGAAGCUCAAGAAAUUACCGACUUCCUAUUGCCAAUGUUCAACCUGGAUCCAAGAAAAAGAGCAGAUGCCGGUGGGCUGAUCAAUCACCCCUGGCUCAAAGAUACUUUGGGAAUGAAAAAUAUCGGUCUACCCGAGAGGAAGCUAUACGGAAGCGGUUCAGAUAUUCCUGGCUGGUACCAAGAAGUUACGGGACAUCCUAGGCAUUAA